CGGGGGUCUCGCCCGCUGGGAGGGGAAGUUGACCAUGGCAUCAGAAGCAGAAAGAAUAUUCCAGAGGUUUGCUGUCUUUGGAGAAUCGUCAAGCAGUGGCACUGAAAUGAACAAUAAGAACUUCUCCAAGCUGUGCAAAGACUGUGGCAUCAUGGAUAACAAGACGGUCACCUCCACUGACGUGGACAUCGUGUUCAGCAAAGUCAAGGCCAAGAAUGCCCGAACCAUCACUUUCCAACAGUUCCAAGAAGCAAUGAAAGAACUGGGCCAGAAGCAGUUCAAGGGGAAAAGCCCAGAUGAAGCCCUGGAGAACAUUUAUAGACUCAUGGAGGGCAAGGACCCAGCUACCACCGGUGUUACUGCUUUCCCCUCUCCUGGACACCACACCCUCUCCAACUCCAGGAGGACUCUACACCUCAUAGGACAGAAGACCUCCAUGACCUGGCCGCCACCAUGUCUCCAACUGCAUCUCCAUCUCUGCCUGCUUCCCCCAUUGGUGCCCACCCCACCUCUGGCUCACGUUAUCUCCUCUACCCAGCAUGCUGCUGUCUCCUCCCGCUCUCACCCCCGUCAGUUCCGCUGAGCCAGCUCAUGUGAAGAUCAGUCCGGACGUCCUGUUUAAGAAGCGUCUGCUUGGAGCACCUCCCCAGGGAAGUGUGCACAGCCAAGUAAGUGAGGAUAAAGCCCACACAGGCAGGUGGCUCAUCUGUAUCCUUCAGGCUGGUGGGAAUCCAUGCAGGGUGGUGCCAGAGGCUGGCUGACUCAAGUCUUUGUUUUGAGGAAGCUAGCACUUUGUGGCCCCAGCCUCAGAGUGUGCCACCUCUUCCUUAUUUGCUCAAGGCUGCAGCUUCCCUUGGAAGAGAAAGGGGCUUUUCAUGCCUCUUGGUCUUCUUCUUUCUUCAUUCCUACCCACCCACCACCCCUCACCUCUGCACACAGUGUUACAGAGAUGGAACAGCACAUGGUAAAGGAAAGAGUUUAGGACUUGAUCUCAGAUAACCUACUGAGCUCUGUUUCCUCUUCUAUAAAAUGGAAGCCUUCCUUACCUCAUGAGGCUGCAAGAAUAAAAUGAGAUGGUCAAUAUGGAGGUGAC